AUGAUCCGCGGCCGGCGGGAGAGUGACCGGCCGCUCUCCGUGGGGGGCCCAGAGUGGAGAUCCGGGGGGCUGCUGACCGCCUCAACGGGGGGACGGACGCUCGGACGCUCUGCUGAAGCUCUGAGUCUGGAGAUGCUCGGACGCUCUGCUGAAGCUCUGUGUCUAGAGGUCAGGAGGCCUCAGAAGCCGAAGGGCACCAUGGCCCACAGGAAAGCCUUCAGUCUGGACUAUGGGAGCAGGCAGCAGGGCCGUCCAGCAGAACGCUGUGGUCAUUUCUCUCCUGGAGUGAACGUGGAUGUGCUGCGGCCAGAAGAUUCCUCUGCUUCCUCUUCUGACUCUGGAAUGAUCUCCCCAGCUCCAGCUUCCAGGUUCCAGGAUGGUUCCUUUGUCAACAGGGGAACCGCUUCUUCUAACCUGGAUCUGGCAGCUGGAAGCUCGUUCCGCAAUGAUGCCGGUCGACCUUUGACCCCCAGCAGCUCAGAACAGGAGGUGGAGGUGGAAGAGCUGAGCAGAAGUGCAUCAGGGUGCAGCCUGGUACCAUCAGGAUCCAGUCUGGCAGCAUCAGGGUCCAACCUAGCACUUGCAGGGUCCAGCUUGGCACCAUCAGGGUCCAGCCUGGCAUUGGCAUCCCCCACAGGAGAACAGAGGGUCAGCAAGAGAGAGAGGAACCGAGUGAAGAGCAUAAGGAGGAGGCAAAGGAGGAGAGAGCGCUGGACAGGAGAAAUACAGGACAACAUUCAGAGCUCCACAGGUAACCCCUCCAGCAGCAGUGAUGAUGAUGACGAUGAUGAAGAGCGCUCUGGUAGGGAGUGUGAGGGCUGUAUUUGCGCUGUGUGUCUGGACGUGUAUUUCUGCCCCUACAUGUGUCACCCCUGCAAUCACGUCUUCUGUGAGCCGUGCCUGCGGACCCUCGCCAAGAACUGCCCCACCAACACCCCCUGCCCACUGUGCAGGACCACCAUCACUCACGUCUUCUUCCAGAAAGAGCUGAACCAAACCGCCCGCACAUUCUUCCCGAAGGAAUAUCUGUCCCGGAAGCAGAACUUCCAGAAGGCCAGCUGUGCUAAAUGGCCGCUGCCCAGCUGCAGGAAGCUCUUCCGCAUUUUUGGAGGUUUUCCGAGACAGAGCAGUCCGAUCGCUCGGCGCCAGUUCCCUCACGGCGGGUACCGGCUGGACGCGCUGGACUUCGAGGACGACUCUCGCGGCUGGAGGUUCGACAUGGACAUGGUGAUCAUCUACAUCUACUCCGUCAACUGGGUCAUCGGCUUCAUCGUCUUCAUCUUCCUCUGCUACUGCUUCUUCCCCUCACUGUGA